AUGGAGCCAGACUCCGCGGAGACCCCGGGGCCUUUCCCCGCGGCCUCCCUCAAGGAGGAGCUGCAGUGCGCGGUGUGCUACGACCCUUUCCGGGACGCGGUGACCCUGAACUGCGGCCACAACUUCUGCCGCGAGUGCGUGAGCCGCUGCUGGCUGGAGCAGCUGGAGCCCGCCUGCCCGGUGUGCAAAGACCCCGCGUCGCCCUCGGCGCUGCGCACCAACCACACCCUCAACAACCUGGUGGCCAAGGUGCUGCAGGCCGAGGGCGCGUGCGGGCCCGGCCGCCGCCCGACGCGCCGCUGCCGCCAGCACCGCGCCGAGUUCUCGCUCUACUGCCAGGAGGACAAGGAGCUGCUGUGCGGGCCCUGCGGGGCCGACUCGCGCCACCAGGACCACCGCGUGCUGCUGCUGGAGGACGCCGCCCGCAACGCCCGGGCCAAAUGUAAGAACAUGGAGCAUAUACUGCAGCAGAAAGUCAGGACCUUCAGCAGUACUCGGAGUUCCUAUGAGGCCCUGGCAAAGCACAAUCAGGUUGAGACUACCUGGCUGGAGGGUCGCAUUCACCAGGAGUUUGAAAAGCUACAAGAGUUCCUGAGGGUAGAAGAAAAGGCCACCUUGGACAUGAUGACCCAGGAGAGCAGACAGAAGCAGCUGCUGAUAGAUGAGAGGGUGAAGCAGCUCUCACGAGAGGUGGAGGCACUGAACCGAGAGGUUAAGCGGCUGAAGGUGGAGAUGAGGGAAGAUGAUAUUUCCUUUCUCCUGAAACACAAGACCCGAAAACGCCGGCUCUUCUACACUUUGGAGCCGGAGCCCAUCCAGCCUGGCAUGCUCAUUGAUGUCUGCAAGUACCUGGGAUCUCUGCAGUACCGCACCUGGAAGAAGAUGAUUUCAUUCAUUGAAGUUGUGCCCAUCACCUUGGAUCCAAACACUGCCUCUGGCUGGUUGUCAGUGCAUGAUGACCUUGCAAGUGUCAGCAACCAACCCUAUUGGAGACAAGUGGAGAAUCCAGAUCGAUUUUCCUCAGCACCAGCCCUGAUGGGCUCCCAAGUCUUCUCGCAGGGUUCCCAUGCUUGGGAGGUUUCUGUGGGUGGGCUGCAGAAUUGGCGUGUAGGUGUGAUGCGUGUGGAGUCAGAAGCAGGAGAAGAAUGUUAUACACGUAACUGCUUCUACGACACACGCUCAGGCUUCUGGUACAUGUAUCAUAUGCGGGGUCAGGAGGAUGACAUGUGUAUAGCCUCAGAACAGGGCACAGUAAUUCUGCCACUGCCCAUGCCACACCGCCUGCGUGUUGAGCUGGAGUGCGAGGAUGGUGAGCUGUCAUUCUAUGAUGUUGAGCGCCAAUGCCAUAUGUAUACCUUUCAUGCUUACUUCGGAGCAGUGCGGCCCUACUUCUACAUAGGCCCCCCGCAGGGCAAUGAGGCCCAUGAGCCUCUGCGUAUCUGCCCCCUUCACAUCACUAUCAAGGAGGAGCUGGAUGGCUGA